UUUCCCCUUUCCCCGGAUUCUCCAGAAAAGCAGAAAUCAUACCAGCUCUCGACACCCCGCUCUUUCGCAUGAGUGGAAUCGCAUGAUCAUACGCACCCCCUGAACAUCAAUCAUUUUUAUCACACGCCGUAAACGCAGAAAUGGAGAACUUAACUAUCACCAACAACAUGGAGGAGAGCGAUAAGAAGAAGGCCGUCCACUUCGGAGCUGGCAAUAUCGGGAGAGGCUUUGUUGGCGAGUUUCUACACAACUCUGGAUAUGAGGUCGUCUUCGCGGACGUGCAAGACUCCAUUAUCGACCAGCUAAACGCAAAGGAUUCGUACGACGUCAUCCAAGUAGGAACCGAGGGCGAGCACAGGUCACAAGUGAGGAAUUACCGCGCCAUUAACUCCCGUAUCAACGAGGCCGCCCUGAUCAAGGAAAUCACCACCGCCGACGUAGUAACCUGCUCCGUCGGCCCCAACGUGCUCAAAUUCAUCGCCCCCGUCAUCGCCCAAGGCAUCGACCGCCGCGCCACCGGUCUCCGCCCCCUCUCCGUAAUCGCCUGCGAGAACGCCAUCGGCGCCACCGACACCCUCGCCGAGUUCAUCAAGAAGGGCGUAUCACCCUACCGUAUCCUCGACCUCGGCAACCGCGUCCGCUUCGCCAACUCGGCCAUCGACCGCAUCGUCCCCGCGCAAGACGCCAAUACGGGGCUCGACGUCAAGCUCGAGAAGUUCUCGGAGUGGGUCGUUGACCGAACCCCGUUCGCGCCGUACGCCCCGCCGGACAUUAAGGGCAUCAAGUGGGUUGAUGACCUCGUGCCGUUUAUCGAGCGCAAGUUGUACACCGUCAACACCGGUCACGCUGCCGCGGCGUACCACGGGUAUUACCACAAGAAACAAACCGUCUUCGACGCCAUGCAGGACCCCCGCAUCGUGAAGCAGGUGCGUCGCGCGCUGGCCGAGACGAGUAGUCUCAUCGUCGGGAAGCACGGCAUCGGGGCCGACGAGCAGAGCGAGUACGUCGAGCGCAUCCUGCUGCGCAUCUCGAAUCCUCACCUUGAGGACUCGGUUGAGCGCGUCGGUCGUGACCCGCUAAGGAAGCUCAGCAGGAAGGAGCGCUUCAUCGGCCCGGCUACCGAGUUGGCGGAGAUGGGGCGCGAGUACUCCGCCCUGUUGUUGGCGGCGGAAAUGACGUUCCGCUUCCAGAAUGUGCCGGAUGAUAAGGAGAGUGAGGAGUUGGCGAGGCUGAUGGAUAGUACGAAGGACGCUAAGGAGAUUGUGGAGGAGGUGUGCGAUGUUGAGCGUACGCACCCGCUUUUUGAUGAACUUGUUAAGAUUGUUGAGCGCGUGCAGGGCGAGGCGAUAUAG